GGUUCUUGGAUAUUCGACUAGUUCUCAUCCCUUUAUUUACGUUUUUGCUACAAAUUGUCUUUCUCUCUGGGAAAAUGCACAUUUUCCUCUCGUGAUAGGCCCUAGAUUAGUAUAUAUAAUGACUGACAGCAGCAGCAAAGGCCCCAUUGUGAUCGAUGGUGAAGCCAUCGAGUCAGAUGAUGAAAUCGUCUCAUUCUCCAAUGCAUACCUGCCCAUCCAGACCGCCACGGAGCUGACUGAGUCUUUUAUGGCCUCUGGGGUGUCUUCGCCUUCGAGGUCAGACCCCCAAUUCUCGUCAAUUCUGCACAGGAAGCUCUAUGAGAGAAAUGAAUUGCUGUGGCGUCAUAUGCACUGUUUUGUACAGACAACACUCCUUGGGGCGUCAAAACAAAUUAUCGCUGCCGAUCAGCAGUUGCUGAAGAGUCAAAUUAUUCUGCAAUCAGUUGCGACGGCUGUGAAAAAACUCAAUUCUGCGAGUACGCAAGUUUUAGAGCGCGUUCGGGAUAUUGCCACAUCGAAUUUUCUCCCUCAAAUCAACAUUUCUUAGUACACAAAUCUAUUCGAAUAUUCUGUAUACUCCUGAAAAUUUGUUAAACAAAAUAUUUUUGACGAUUAUAAAGAAAAUCAAGGGGAAAUUUUUGUAAAUAUAUUGU